GUCGGUCUUUUCCCUCUUCAGUGUUGUCAGGGCGGUAGGCCUUCGCUCUGUCUCUGAAACAUUUAACAUCGAACCAGCAAAAUGAUCAUCUACAAGUGCGUCAUUAGCAAUGAUGAGAUGUUCUCGGACAUCUACAAAAUCACUGUAUCCAAAAACGGCAUCUUCUACGAAGUUGAAGGAAAGUCCACCACCAGGACAGAAAAUUUUGAUGAUGCACUAAUUGGGGCCAAUGCCUCUGCUGAGGAAUUAAAAGUGACAGAGGGCACUGACGCAUCCUCAGUUUCUGGUGUAGACAUCAUCCUUAACCACAAACUGCAGGAGACGGGCUUUGACAAGAAGAGUUACACAGCUUACAUCAAAGACUACGUGAAGGCCAUUAAGGCUGAGCUGGAAAAGAACAACCCAGAGAGAGUGGAGGCCUUUGUGAAAGAAGUUGGACCAGAAGUUAAGAAGAUCAUGUCAAACAUAAAAAACUACCAGUUUUUCACAGGAGAGUCCAUGAACGCAGAGGGCAUGGGACUGCUAGACUACCGUGAGGACGGCACCACGCCAUUCAUGCUUUUCUUCAAAGAUGGUCUGGUGGAAGAGAAAUGCGUGAGUACUCAGCUCAGUCUCUGCGUAUAA